AUGCAGGCAGCUUUAAGCUUGGCACCUCCUGUUCUCCCUUGCUCACUUCCCUCCCAGCCCCCGCCAAGGCUUUGUGCUUCAACCUGUUCGCGAUUUCCUUCAAUAAGAACAAAUGCCCUCGCAGUUAACUAUAACUCCACAAUCUCUGUUUUUCCUGCAGAAGCCUGUGAAACAAUUGGCGGAGAUAGCUGCAUAGCAGAUAUAUAUCCGGAAGUGAAGCUCAGGCCAGAGGCCAAAAGUAAUAUGCCAAAGACUUCCUCUGAACCAGUUGAUAGAGAGUACAUCGAUUAUACUGAUCCCAGAACUGUGUUGCUGGGCGAAGCUUGCGACAUUCUGGGAGGAGAAUUCUGUCAGCCCGCAUGCCAACUGGGAAACUGCUAG